AUGACAAAGGCCAUACCAACAGAAAACACAACGAGACUCCUUCCACAACAACCCCGAAAUUCACCCGAUGUCGCACAGGCUGUCUGCGGUGUCGGAAGCGGAGACGCAAGUAACUGCAUCGACAAGAACUUCGACUGCAACUACGGGUUGCAGGUGACUUUUCUCGCAAAGAACUCGAUCACUGUUCGGGCGGACGAGCUCGAGCAGAGCGGGGACGCAGCGAGCACGAAAAAGGGAAGUUAUAGUAAAAUUCAGUUCGUCAAUGAGGAUCCUUUGUCGAUCGAUAACCUUGUUACCCCGCAGGUGUCUUCUCCAGAGUCGAAUGUGGAGACUGCAAGUACGCCGUUGCCGUUGCCAUUUUCCGCUUCGCCCAGGGGUCUACUCCCGGGGAAAGAGAAUGGCAAAGGUUCGGUCCACUAUUCCGUUUCAGACAGGGAGACGCUUUUUACCGAACCUUACAUAGAAGAGAGAGAGACCAGCAAUACAUAUCGCGGUGCUCGUUCUCACUCUCAACAUCACGAAACUCUUGCACCGUGGGAACAUGACGGGCACGCCCAUGCUCAUCUAGACCGCGCACCAACACCGCCAGUCACCCUUGAAUCGACGAUCCCGCCGAGUACAUUCAGCGCGAAAGACGAGUAUGCUGUGCAAGGCCUUCUGGCGCUUGGGACACAGCCUGGGUCGUGUCCUGCACCUGAAUCUGGAUCUGGAUCCGGAUCUGGCAAUAGUGGCGCUAUUCCGGGUCCUAUAAUUGCUAGGGCUGAUAACCAUGGAAACGGCGAAAUAGGCCCAGUCGUAGACGCCGAAGGCACACCAGAUAGGAUGAUAAGCGUCAUGUCGGCUGGUUUUGUUGAUGGAAUACUACAGCCGACAAUUGGUCACGACGUGUCCCCGCCUGCUCCCUCGAUUUUAGACUUCGACAUUGGGGGCUCGAACGUGAACUCGUACUCCUUCCCCCGCCAAAUGUCGGAUUAUAAGACAAUGCCUCAGACGUGGAAGCUGCAACUCCUGCAGAACUACCGAUAUCAUGUAGCUCCAUGGCUAGAUAUUUUGGACUUGAGUCAUUCCUUCGGCAUCACGGUACUUCAGAUCGCCUUUGACUCGUCCACUGAGCGACUUCUUCAUGCAAUAUUGGCUCUCUCUGACACAAGCAUGCGCGUACGGCAGGAUCGUGGUUACUCCGAUGCGGCCAUCCAGCUCGAUCCGCAUUUCUAUUCGCACUCCUUCCAAGCAGUCCAUUAUGAGGAUACGACCGCAUCAUAUUCCGACUCCUUGGUGAAUGCAGCAGUUGAUGAGACAGAAGCUAUGCUACUGCGACUGUUCGAGAAACUAGGGAAAUUGGUGGCGGAUGUUGCAAGGGCCUGGGCUAUGGACCGAGAUCAAUACGAGCAGGAUGGACGUUCAAAUUGCUAUGAGUACAGGCAGUUGCGAUCAUUAGUGGAUAGGGCCUACGGACUGGGCAUGGACUCUGCGAUAUAUUGGAUGGUCUUGCGAAUGGACUUGGGAAUGUCCCUAGCGAACAAUACGCCCUUACGCAUCUUGCUCCCUCCUCACUCGCUUCCAAGUCUCUCCCGCCUAGUGCGGAUCGAAAACACCCACGAGCGAGUUAGCCACUACGCCCAGGCUCUACUUUCGCUCUGUGGAAAGGCUCUAAAUAUCUACCAUCAGCAAGAUGCUGCUCCAGCACACCAAGCGGCAAACCCAGAUAAUUGGUUCCAGGUCUUCGAGAAACUAAGCCAAUGGUACUACCUCCGUCCGCAAGAGUUCCACCCCAUGGUUGAGCUGAAUCACGACGGCGUCGAUGCCUUAAGCGCCGGAAAAUGUAAGCCGCGAACGGCCACGGCGCUGUUGAACCAGCAUCAGAAACUUAAUCCGCACUCACCGGUGCUCUCCCCUCUGUGGCAUGCGCAUCGGGGCCGAGUGCUGGGAUCCUUGUCUGCUGGCAUCCUUUCUUGUCGCGGCUAA